UUUGCAUUAUCUUACAGUUCCCUGGACUUACCUACAUUCGUAGCAGAUCUGAAGACUAUAAUCAAUGAACCUGAAAAAAUUUGUCUUUUUGAUGAAAUAAGACCUUUAGUACCUCUGAAUCAACAGAUAGCUUAUGAUUCUCUUUGUCCUAUAAUCCCUUCAGCAACCAAGAAAUUAAUUCACUUAGAAAACCCUGAAAAUGGAUCUUUAGGAUUUUCACUGCGAGGAGGAGCAGAGCAUGGCACUGGUGUAUAUGUCACUAGCAUCUCACCAACUUCAGAUGCAUACAGAAAAGAUCUGCGGGUUGGUGAUGAAGUUGUGUCUGUCAAUGGAUUUUACAUUAUUCAGGCUAUCCAUGAAGAAAUUAUUGAACUCAUCAAUGAUUUUCAAGAAAUUGAGCUCCAAAUAAGACGUAUUGGUAUGAUUCCAUUCCGGAUUAAAGCUUCUGAUGUUGUCCGCUGGGAAUAUGUACCAAAGGAAAAUAUUUACCAGCUGAGUACUGGGAUCGAUGUAAUCAACAUAUCCCCUCCCUCAGACUUACUGGCCUUCUGCCAAAAUUUGAAACCAGUGUCACCCACUUUACCAAACCUUGGAAUAAUUAAACUUCACUUUUGUGUUUUAUUCAUAUUAUUUGUCAGAAUUGCAAGUGGCCCUUCGAAUUAUAAAGGGAUUUACAUUCAGUCUGUGAAGCCAAAUAGCUUGGCUGAAGAAGCUGGCCUGGAAAUUGGUGACCAAAUUCUAUCUGUGAAUGAAACCAGUUUUCUUGAUGUUACCCAUUCUCAAGCUGUUAUGUCUCUGAAAACUUCACAACAUCUUCUGCUGCGGGUUAGAAAAGGAGCCGCAUCAACUUGGAUAGAUAAGACAAAUCCCAAAGGGCAAGUUUCUUCAGGUGAUAAUAUAUAUGCCAUCCCACAAUUGGCCUUCUCUCCUCAAAAAAACAAAUUCGCAAGCUCACAGUAUGAAGCAAUUGCAGCAUCAAAUGGAAUGAUAGAUAGCACAAUGUACUUUACAGAGGAAUCUGAACGUGGUAGUCAAAAUGAGAGACGGGAAUUAGGAGAAAUAGAUGUUGAAAUAGCCAAUGGCUAUGAAGAAGUUCGGUUACCAUACAGACCAGAUUAUGAUAAUGAACCUUAUUUACCAGAACCUCCGAUUGACUUUUUAACAGAUCAAGUUUCUCAUGAUGAUGACCAUGACAACAAUCCAGUCAACAGUAAUUUUGUUCUGUACAAGAAUCCUGAAUUAUCAGUAUCCAAUGAAAACGUGGCAGCCCUCAGUGAUAAUGAAGCAAGAAAGAUGUUUUCUACAAAGGAAAUUGGUGGAAGACAAAUCAGGAAAAUUGAUAUAAAAAUUAAUGGUUCUCUUGGUGUUGCAUUAGAAGGUGGUGCAAACUCUCCACUGGAAGGAAGGAUUCUUGUCAGUAACAUAUACACUGGCUGUGUCUAUCAACAAGGAGGAAUUCAUGUUGGAGACGAAAUCCUGAUGGCAGAUAAUGUCAAAUUCACGGGUUUGACUUUGAUACAAGCUGAGAAUAUUCUGGACAGAGGUGAAAGAAAACUGAAUCAAACUAUAGUAUUCAUUAUAGCAGUUGCCCCACCAAAGAGUUAUGACGAAGAAGUAACAUACUUCUAAGGGAACAAACAACAUUCCUGGAAUGAAAUUCUAAAGGACCACUAUUUACCAUUUGUGAUGUUAACUUUGUAAUCUAUAAAAUCAAGCCCAGUUGUUGUUCUUCUUAUUAUUAUUACUACUACUACCACUACUAUUAUAUUAUUAUUAUUAUUAUUUGUCAUCAUCAUUUAAUAAAUAAAUAAAAAUUAAUUAACUAUUC